AUGAAGAGAGGAAUAUCACGUUACUUUUGUGAGAGGGGUUUUGGAGGGCCUAAGCUCACAGUUCAUUACGAGAAAUCUGGCUGCGAAAACGUGAAUUCUCCCGCAGUGUUGUUUCUUCCAGGUUUCGGCGUUGGCUCGUUUCACUACGAGAAGCAGCUCAAAGAUUUAGGGAGGGAAUACAGAGUAUGGGCUAUUGAUUUUCUCGGACAAGGUCUGUCCUUGCCGAGGGAAGAUCCAACUCUUGUCUCCGAGGGAAAGAAGGAAGAGUUUUGGGGAUUCGGUGAUGAAGCUGAGACCUGGGCAAGCCAGCUCGUUUACUCGCUAGAUCUAUGGAAGGAUCAAGUUCGGUAUUUCGUAGAAGAGGUUAUUGGCGAACCCGUGUAUAUAGCAGGCAACUCACUUGGAGGGUAUGUAGCUCUUUACUUUGCGGCGAGCUAUCCACAUUUGGUAAGGGGAGUGACAUUGCUUAACGCCACUCCUUUCUGGGGUUUCCUUCCUAACCCCGAAAGGUCUCCUGUUCUAUCUCGUCUCUUUCCAUGGUCUGGAACAUUUCCUCUGCCUUCAAGAGUGAAAAUGCUCACAGAAUUUCUGUGGCAGAAGAUAAGUGAUCCCAAAAGCAUAGCGGAAAUACUCAGACAGGUUUAUGCUGACCAUUCUACGGAUGUUGAUAAAGUGUUCUCUCAUAUAGUUGAGAUCACUCGCCAUCCCGCUGCUGCUGCCUCGCUUGCUUCCAUUAUGUGUGCUCCUGCCGGACAGCUUUCUUUCGCCGAUGCUUUAUCUAUGUGUAAAAAAAACAAAGUUCCCAUCUGUCUCAUGUAUGGAAGAGAAGAUCCGUGGGUGAAACCGAUAUGGGGACUAAGGAUAAAGUGGCAAAUACCCAACGCUCCUUACUAUGUGAUCAGCCCCGCCGGUCACUGCCCUCACGACGAAGUCCCUGAGGUCGUAAACUAUCUGCUUCGCGGGUGGAUCCAGCACCUGGAAUCGGGUGGUUCUUCGUCGCUACCGCAUCUGGAAGACGAAGAUUCUGAAUCAAGCAUUGCCCGAGAACUCGAAUUUCCUAGAGACGGUUCCAAGAAAUCGGUGAAUCUACGGUUGUACGGAUCUAAGUAUUCGCUAUGGAGACAGGUUGGUUCGUACUUGAGAUCCAAUUUGAGUUUGGUGCUAAAGAAGUCUGCCCAGGACAAAAGCACAUGUUAACUGUUGUCCGAAACCAACAAAGUUAGAUGUAAAUUAUCUUGUAUAUUCAAAAUGCCUUAUUCUUCGUGUAAGUUUAUAUAAAGCAUUGUAUUAUUCUUUUACCACUUUUUCA